GGGUGGGACAGCGCCAUGGCCCCCGCCGACGUCCCAUCCGCCCUGGCGCUCACGGCCUUGGGCCCCGCGGCCGCCACCCCGUACGGUGUCUUCUGCAAGGGGCUCUCCCGGACCCUGCUCGCCUUCUUCGAGCUGGCCUGGCAGCUGCGCAUUAACUUCCCGUACUUCUACAUCGCCGGCUCGGUGAUCCUCAACAUCCGCCUGCAGGUACACAUUUAGAGCCGAGCCUGCCUGGCCGGCCUCCGGAGACCCGCAAGAUGGCCUCCGCCCAGGCCGCCCCGCCCGCGGCGCCGCCGGGACGCGCGUGAAGAACGAGCAGACUCGCGAGAGCGCGCGCGACCUGCCCCUGCCUCCCCGGCCCGGGGUUUGGAGGUGGGAAAGCUCGCCAGGUCUGUUAAGAGCAAAGACGUUCCAGAAGCAGAGAAACUAAGGCCCAAGGACGUACCUAAGGAAAAUGCUUCUGUAAAUCCCUGGCGAACCUUGGGAUAUAACAGAGGGCACAGAUUGCAUUGUGAGAAAGGAAAAAAAAAGUUUUUCAAGAACACAGAUUUACAUCCAACUUACGUUCUGAGAAUAUUGGACUGUCAUUGAAUCAGAGGCCUCGUAUACCAUGAAUGUGACCUGAAAAGUAUGUGUCUCUUCCUCCCACAAGAGGAUACAUUGAAACUGGGUCAGAGCCAGACUACAGGAAAGCUUGUCCCCAUUGCCAAAUGUGACAGCGGGAUUUUGAACAAAUGAUGGGAGUGUGAGAAGAUGUCCCUGUCAAAGAGACAUUAGAGCCAAAGAAAGUCCAGUUGAGGCAAAAAGAAAGGAACUGACUAUUCUCUGCUAGUAAUGCAAACUGCUAGUAAUGCAAGAGGACCAAACACGGCUUUCUUCGUUAAAGGGAAUACUUAAUUUCGGUUACAGAGUAAAAUACAGAAGUUACAAACCUUGCGAAAAUACAAUUGAGACGUGGAAGGACAAGAAAGUAAAUGGAAUGGCUGUCCUUGUGGAGUGGGAGGGUAAUAUUUAUGAUCUGUUGUGAAUGAUUGGGACGUUGUGUGCAUUAUGGACAGCCAGAAAAUUUCUAACUGCUAAAUGGAGGGGGUAGCCAGAUGAAAUAAACAGGAAAUGCCCAAGGAUGGAGUGUACUGAACGUCCAAAAAAGAACAAAUACCUGGUGUAUGUGUGAAUGUAUGCUAGAGAUUUUUCCAAGUCUGGGGUGAGUUAGUGCUUAUAUUUUAUUUUGAAAUUAAAACUGAAGUCAUUCUAAACCCCAUGAGAAAUAAAAUAGUCAAAAGUUA